AUGUUUAAAGUAGAAAAGAAUCAGAUUGGUCUUCGACAAAAGGCCAUCUUGAUUCCUCCAACUCUCUACUCCAUUAUUGCAAGACUAAUAAUGAAACUUCAUUGAUGAAUCUCUGAUCUCAAAGAGGAUCUAUGCAAGUUCUGAAAUCCAUACAAAUGGCAUAAAGGAUCAGGCCACCAAUAGGGGAUGCUCCAAAACCAUUUCUUCUAAGCCUCAAGAGUUUUAGAUCCUGACUCAGAACAU